AUUCCAUGAACAUCACCUACUCACAGGAAUCAACCCUUUAAUUUCUUCAUCUUCUCAGUGCUUGCAACCAACCCUUGGAGGAUCUUUCUUGCGCCAGAUGUGCAUACCGGAAUGGUGAAUCAGCUAGAGACAAGUGUGGGAUUUGAGAAAUUUACAUGGAAAAUUGAAGAUUUCUCAAAAAAGAAUGGAAUGAAAUUGCGCUCCAAGCCUAUCAAAACCCGUGGUUGUACAUGGUUGGUGCCUCGAGAUGAAUUUUAUUUUAUUUAUUUUUCAUAUAGCUACAUUACAUGGUUGAUACUUACACAAGUAAGAAAAAGUAACAAGUUUAGAUUAUGUAUGAUGAUUUCCUUGCCCUUUUUUCUAAGGGAAAAAAUGAACCUAGUAUUUUACGUUUAUCAUGUGUUAUUUGUUAGAAGGGUGGACAAAGUAAUGGCCUAAUUAAUUUGAAGAAAUUUUCAUGAAAUUAGUGAAUGAUUUAAUUGUACUGUGCAUCUCUUCAUCAUGUCACAGGAGGAUCCUUGUGUAUCCACUGAGGAGGGAUGUUACCCAUUUUUCAUUGUAUUUGAUGGUUGAUGAUUCUUUACCACCGUAUGGAUGGAGCAGAAACACGUUUUUCAAGUUAGCUCUAAUUAAUCAAGUGGAUCGGAAGAAGUCAAUUGUAAAGGAGACUCAACAAAAGUUCAAUGGAGGACAUCGUAGCUGGGGUUCAUUUUUUCUAAAUCUGAGUGAUUUCUACGACCAUAAACAAGGGUAUCUUGUGAGGAACACAUGCAUCAUUGAAGCUUAUAUUUGUGUCUCUGAUUUUGCUCCUAAGAUUCAAGUUUACCCAAAUUGUGGUCCAACCCAUGAUUCUACAUUAGGUGAUCAAGCAACAGAAUCAUCAUCGGAUACAAUUAGUCCUAGAACCUCAGGAUCUAGUCCAAUAACAGAAGGGGAAGUUCAAGAUUUGACACUAAGAGAACUAAUAGAUUUGGAAAGUUUAGGAGCAGAAGAAAAAGCUUUUAUUCCACUAUUGGAGGAGGUUUGCAUAUGGCACCCUUCCCUAAUGCAGUGCCAGAGCAAAAGGACUCUAAGGUUUAGACAAUGGGCCUUUACAUCUUUGGGCCAAGUUUUGCAUUUUCUCAAGACAAAGAAGGUGAAAGAUAUAAGUGAGGAGGACAUAAAGCACCUUCAAGGUUUGUGGAAGGAACUUAUCAAGUCUUCAGGAUUUGACUUGGCUUGGUUGGAGCCUUAUGUUCAAUCAGUAUUGGGUGUGAAAGCUUAUUUUGAAAGAGCAAAGCAAUUGAAGAAACUAAAGGACAAUGUGGUUGCUUUGGAGAUUAAGAUGAAGAAGCUGAGGGGUGAACUUGCUGCUGCUGAAGGGGAGUUUGAGGUGGCAAGGAGAGGGUUGUCAGAAGUAAGAAAAGGUUUCCAUGAGAUGGAUGUAAAUGCUGCAAUAGGGUAUGCUAUGUUUUAGAUCAUGGCUUUUUCUCAUCUACUUUUUGGUGAAGGGAUGCACAUUUUCUUUUCUGUACAAAUUGUGGAGAAACUAUUAAUUCUUUUAUUGUAAGCGUUCCAUUAUAAUGUAGAUGUACAAUUAAUUUGUUC